CGCCCCGGCCUCAGUCCCCCGGGCCGCUGCCGCCUGUGCAGGCCCACCCCUCCCAGGGCCUCCCCCAGCCUCUGUCCGCCUACAACAGCAGCAGCCUGAGCCUCAACAGCCUCAGCAGUAGCAGAAGCAGCACUCCAGCAAAGACUCAACCCGCACCCCCUCACAUCUCCCACCACCCCUCGGCCUCCCCAUUCCCCCUGUCACUGCCCAACCACAGCCCCCUGCACAGCUUCACGCCCACCCUCCAGCCCCCCGCACACUCACAUCACCCCAAUAUGUUUGCCCCUCCCACUGCUCUGCCUCCUCCACCACCUCUGACAUCAGGGAGUCUGCAGGUGCCUGGACACCCGGCCGGGAGCACGUACUCAGAGCAAGACAUCUUGCGACAGGAACUGAACACGCGUUUCUUGGCCUCUCAGAGUGCUGACCGCGGGGCCUCCCUGGGCCCUCCGCCCUACCUGCGGACCGAGUUCCACCAGCACCAGCACCAGCACCAGCACACGCACCAGCACACGCACCAGCACACCUUCACGCCCUUCCCGCACGCCCUCCCGCCCACUGCCAUCAUGCCGACGCCAGCACCUCCCAUGGUGCGUACCCCAGGCAGAAAUUUUGACAAAUACCCUACAAAAGUUGACCCAUUCUACCGGCACAGUCUCUUCCACUCUUACCCUCCUGCUGUAUCCGCCAUCCCCCCUAUGAUUCCGCCCACUGGCCCUUUCGGUUCACUCCAAGGAGCAUUUCAGCCGAAGACAUCCAACCCCAUCGAUGUUGCUGCCCGACCUGGGACGGUCCCACACACGCUCCUCCAAAAGGACCCGAGGUUGACAGAUCCUUUCAGACCUAUGUUAAGGAAACCAGGGAAGUGGUGUGCUAUGCAUGUUCACAUUGCCUGGCAGAUCUACCACCACCAACAGAAGGUCAAGAAACAGAUGCAGUCAGACCCACACAAGCUGGACUUUGGCCUGAAGCCCGAGUUCCUGAGCCGUCCCCCGGGUCCCAGCCUCUUUGGAGCCAUCCACCACCCCCACGACCUGGCACGGCCUUCGACUUUGUUCUCUGCCGCUGGUGCUGCACACCCAACGGGGACCCCUUUUGGGCCGCCUCCUCAUCACAGCAACUUCCUCAACCCUGCUGCUCACCUAGAGCCUUUUAACCGGCCGUCCACGUUCACGGGCCUGGCAGCAGUCGGUGGCAAUGCCUUCGGGGGACUUGGCAAUCCUUCCGUUACACCCAACUCAAUGUUCGGCCACAAGGAUGGCCCCAGUGUGCAGAACUUUAGCAAUCCUCACGAGCCCUGGAACCGGCUGCACCGAACGCCACCGUCGUUCCCGACCCCUCCGCCCUGGCUGAAGCCAGGGGAGCUGGAGCGUAGCGCGCCCGCUGCAGCUCUUGACAGAGAUAGAGAUGUAGAUAAACGAGACUCAUCUGUUAGUAAAGAUGACAAAGAAAGGGAAAGCGUCGAGAAGAGACACCCCAGCCACCCUUCACCAGCACCUGUCCUCCCGGUGAGCACCCUGGGGCACAGCCGCAGCUCCACCGAACAGAUCAGGGGCCAUCUGAACACCGAGGCUCGAGAGAAAGACAAAUCCAAAGACAGGGAGCGCGACCACUCGGAAUCCCGCAAGGACCUGGGCGCCGACGAGCACAAGGCGAAGGAGGGCCCCCUGCCCGAGAAGGACGGCCACGGCCACGGCCACGAGGGCCGCUCGGCGGGCGAGGAGGCCAAGCAGCUGGCCCGGGUGCCGUCGCCCUACGCUCGGGCGCCCGCCGCCGACAGCGCCCGGCCGGGCAGCGCCGCCAGCCGCGAGGCCGAGGCGCGCAAGGGCGAGCCGGCCUACGAGAACCCCAAGAAGGGCGCCGAGGUCAAGGUGAAGGAGGAGCGCAAGGAAGACCACGACCUGCCCCCCGAGGCCCCGCAGACCCACCGGUCCUCGGAGCCGCCGCCGCCGCCGCCCAGCUCCUCGGCCAGCGUGCACCCGGGGCCCUUGGCCUCCAUGCCCAUGACCGUGGGCGUCACGGGGAUCCACCCCAUGAACAGCAUCAGCAGCCUGGACAGGACUCGCAUGAUGACGCCCUUCAUGGGCAUCAGCCCCAUCCCGGGCGGAGAGCGCUUCCCGUACCCUUCUUUCCACUGGGACCCCAUCCGGGACCCCUUGAGGGAUCCCUACCGGGAACUUGACAUUCACCGGAGAGACCCGCUGGGCAGGGACUUCCUGCUGAGGAACGACCCUCUGCACCGUCUCUCGACCCCCCGGCUCUACGAGGCCGACCGCUCCUUCAGGGACCGGGAGCCCCACGACUACAACCACCACCACCACCACCACCACCACCCUCUGUCCGUGGACCCGCGGCGGGAGCACGAGCGCGGGGCCCACCUGGAGGAGCGCGAGCGCCUGCACAUGCUCCGGGAGGACUACGAGCACCCGCGGCUCCACCCCGUGCACCCCGCCUCCCUGGACGGACACCUGCCCCACCCCGGCCUCAUCACGCCGGGGCUGCCCAGCAUGCACUACCCCCGGAUCAGCCCCACGGCGGGCCACCAGAACGGACUGCUCAACAAGACGCCCCCCACGGCGGCGCUGAGCGCGCCUCCCCCGCUCAUCUCCACGCUGGGGGGCCGCCCCGUGUCCCCCAGAAGGACUACGCCUCUGUCGGCAGAGAUCAGGGAGCGGCCUCCCUCCCACACGCUGAAGGACAUCGAAGCCCGGUAAGGAGCAAGCAGGACACGGCGAUGAAGGACCCCCGCGGCCACCCAGCGCCGGACUCUCGAAAGCGCAAGAGCAGCCCCGCGUCUCCAACUCAGACUCUGGCGGGAGCCCCCAGCCCGUCCCCUUGUAAAAAUUGUAUAGACUCAGUGCAGAUUUUGAAAUGUUUUGUAUAUUCUAUGUUGAAAUUUUUCCGAUCUUUUAGCCGAGUCCUAUGUUCUCAUGUCUCCCCACUUUUUUGGUUUCUGGUAUAAAACUUUUUGACUUGAACCAAAACAGCAGAGAGGACAACACACACCAAUGUGGUGAUAACGGGGGGUAAAAAUCAGACAGCAGUCCACAGUCCACCGUGCAAAGCUCUUUCCGAUGAGAAGGGAAGGCCCUGUACAUAGUUAUGUUUAGAAAAAAAAAAGAAAAAAAAAGAUUGCUUCAUGAGCUAAUGGUUCAUAUAUGCAAAAGGGUAAGAUGAAAGCUUUACUUUGUACAGAUGUAAAUAGAUAAAGAUUAAGUAACAUAAUACAUUAAUACUUCUUAAAAUGUGCUAUUUGCAGACUUAAUAUCAGUGAGCACAGUCGGCGACGGCUGUGUUCCCGUGUAUUGUUCUAGACAGCUAAACCCUUCAACUAUGCAAUGAAUGUUAGGGCUUUUCACAAAAGCCCGCCUAACUCAAAGGAGCCUUUUCAAGUCCAUUUACAACAUACUUAAGGUCAUAUUUUCCCUGAACAAGCACUUACGUGAUAUGACUCUGUUUUCCUUGCUUGUUUUUUUUCAAAUGGAGAAACACCCGAUUUUGCAAAUUGGACCCCAGGCUGCAACUUUGCACCUGAAGUUGCUGCUUGUGGGCCUUGGGGGAGGAGAGAGAGUGCAGCUCUGAAACGGUAACGGAGGACGUGAGCAGCCAGUGUCAGGGAGGACGGGAGUUGUCAGAUGCCAAAAUCAGGGGACACAAACAGGUCGCCAGCAUCUCCUCACCAUCCGUCACGUGAUUUCACACACACCCCAUGU